GUCGCGGUCUUUCACAGCCGCGUGUGGUGUACGGGGUGUUGGGAGAGAAGGCCGCUAGCUGUGUAAUUCUUUGAAGAAUAUGGUGCAAUUUUAAUAUUGUAACAAUAAUUAUAAACACAUGAUAGUGUGCACUAAGAAGUGUAGACCCUUAAUUUCACCUUAAGGUUGGAACAGAAAGUUAAGGCCAAAAAAGUGUGAUUUGGAAUCACUAUCCAACCAUGCCAUCUGUCAAGUGUAUCCUGCAAGCAGCAGUGAUUGCAGCAGUGUGCAGCUGUGUGUUGUCUUGGAACCAAGAUGAAAUGGACAUGUAUGAUCUGAUUGAAGAGAUAGGAAUGAAGCCAAACUUCUAUGAGCUGCUGGGUCUGGCUGAGAACGCCACCUCGAUGGAGGUGCGCCGCACGUUCCGGCAGCUCUCGCUGAUCCACCACCCGGACAAGAGCGACGCCGAGGACGCCGAAGUCAAGUUCAGACAGCUGGUGGGCGUGUACGAGGUGCUGCGCGACACGGCCCGUCGGGAGAUGUACGACAAGUUCCUGGUGGACGGCAUGCCGGACUGGCGCUCGGCCCUUUACUAUUACCGGCGCGCACGCAAGAUGGGCAUGCUUGAGAUCACCAUCAUCCUGUCCAUCAUCACCACAAUCGGCCAGUACCUGACGUCGUGGGCCGGCUACAAAGAGCGGCGACUGGCCGUGGAAGAUGCAGUACGAUCCAAGUUCAAACGAGAGCGGAAGAUGGGGAAAGAUAUCGACUUCGAUGCGAUGAUAGAGAAAAACAUGGAAGAAUUCGAAAAGCCAAGCUGGUGGAAUACGCUGCCGUUUCAGCUGGUGCGAGGGGUGCGCUGGCUGGUGUGCCGCGCGCCGUUCGCGCUGGUUGAGUCGGUGCGCGCCGAGCGUGAGCGGCGCGAGCAGGAGCGGCUGGCGGCCGAGCGGGCGCGCGAGGAGGAGGAGCAGCAGCGCGAGGAGGCCCAGCGGCAGCGCGACAAGCGGCGCGAGAUGAAGGAGCGUCGCCGCCAGCGGCUGCAGGAGCUGCCCGAGGGCGGGCCAGAGGCGGCCGCCGCGCCGGCCGGCGCCGCCGCCGACGCCGGCUCGGGCCGCACCUGGAGCACGGCCCGGUCCGGCCCCUGGGCCGACGAGGACCUGGUGGAGCUGGCGCGCCUGGUGAAACGGCACCCGGGCGGCACGCCCGAGCGCUGGGAGCUGAUCGCCGAGGCGCUGGAGCGCACCGUGGCCGAGGUGACGCGCAUGGCGCGCCAGAUCCGCGACCGACCGCACAUGGUGCCCGUGUCGGCCGGCGCGCAGACCGCCACCGCCGACGGCCGACACGUGGCCGACAGCGUGCUCGAGCCGGCCGCGCCUCCUCCGCCGCCGCCGCCGCGCAAGGUCAAGACGCGCGGUGCGCCGGCGGCCGCGGCCGGCGCCGACGAGGCUGCCUGGUCGCAGCAGCAGCAGCGCGCGCUGGAGACAGCGCUCGCGCAGUACCCCAAGGGCUCGGCAGAGCGCUGGGAACGGAUUGCCAAGGCCGUGCCCGACAAGACGAAGGAGGAGUGCAUGCUGCGCUUCCGGUACCUGGCCGAGAUGGUGAAGAAGCGGAAAGAGGCCGACUCGCAGAAGGAGGAGGCCGACUCGCAGCCGGAUGAGGCCGAGCCUCAGCCGGAGGGCCCGGCAGCUGAAACCAUCGAGACGGUCGGCGUCAGCAGCACGGCGCGGUGUGCAGAGCCGGUGGCGGCGUUAGCGGAGUGAAGGGGCCACCUGCGGACGCUGGACCGUGCCAAUUGUGAUAAGCGCGCCGGUGGACUGUGCUUGUUUGGGAUGUCGAGAGGCGCUGUAUGUCGUCGACUGAUGUUGGGUUGGGGUCGGGUCGGCUUGGAUCGCUUGGGCACUGCAGCACAACUCACGUAUUUUGUUUUGUAUUGUGACUGCGGGAAGCGAGCGUAGUGGUGGACGGUCUGUGAUUAACCGGGAUAAAAAAGGUUUGGUGCCCAUAAACUUUAAAACAUUUGCGAAAAAUGUUUGCCUUGCCCAGCCAGACCAAGUUGAUCAGUUGCGUGACUGUUUCCGAACAUGACCGUUGCUGUUGCUUACGGAAAACCGUGACAUCUCAAUUUACCUGAUACGUUUUUCGUUUCCCCAUAACACUGCCCUUUUUGAUCUGUGUCCCUUUUUACUGGUGUGGUAAAACAGUGGGCAUGGACCGUGGGCCGACAGACCCUAGUUCCUAAUUGCGGUGCGACAGGCGGACCACACUAACCUGCGAUUCGGUCGCGGCUCCUGCAGCCAACACGGGGCCGGAAUGCGGCGCGAUGUUCAGACGAUGUCCUCCACUGGCCGCUGCCGCUGCCAACGCAAGACCAAACACGAACAAUACACGCCGCUGGCUUGUU